GAUCGCGAGCGACGGGGGGGGCCUCUGCCUGUGAAGGAUGCUGAAGAAGAACAGCCUAGUUCUUUGGGGCGUGGUGCUGUUCGUGGCCUGGAACGCCCUGCUCCUCUUCUUCCUGUGGACCCGGCCCCCGGCCUUCGACGACCACAGCCACUUGACUGCGGAGGUCAUCCGGCUGGCCCAGGACGCCGAAGUGGAGCUGGAGCACCAGAAGGACCUGCUGCGGCAGAUCCACCGCUACAGCGCCCUCUGGAGCAAGAAGAUGAAGAAAGCGGAGGAGGGGGAUCGGCUCCCCCCAGCCGCCGCCGGCUCCCCCGCCACGGAGGCUGUCCCGCCCCAGCCCCGGGCCUCCCCGGACGCAGUCCUGCCCGUGGUAGUGAUCGCCUGCGACCGUGCCACGGUGCGCCGGUGCCUAGACAAGCUGCUGCACUACCGGCCGUCCCGGGAGCGCUUCCCCAUCAUCGUGAGCCAGGACUGCGGGCACGAGGAGACGGCCCGGGAUCGCCAGCCGGACCUGAGCGACGUCCCAGUGCCCACGGACCACCGCAAGUUCCAGGGCUACUACAAGAUCGCCCGGCACUACCGCUGGGCCCUGAGCCAGGUUUUCCGCACCUUCCAGUACCAGGCAGCCAUCGUGGUGGAGGACGACCUGGAAGUCGCUCCCGAUUUCUUUGAGUACUUCCAGGCGACCUUCCCGCUCCUGCUGGCGGACCCCAGCCUCUGGUGCGUCUCGGCCUGGAACGACAACGGCAAGGAGCAGAUGGUGGAGGCUGGCCGGCCGGAGCUGCUCUACCGCACGGACUUCUUCCCCGGCUUGGGCUGGCUGCUGCUGUCGGAGCUGUGGGACGAGCUGGAGCCCAAGUGGCCCAGGGCCUUCUGGGACGACUGGAUGAGGCAGCCAGAGCAGCGGCGGGGCCGGGUGCCCCGUGCCGGCUACCGUGGCAUCGUCAGUUUCCUCUACCGCGGCCGCCGGGUCUACCUGGCGCCCCCUUCGGACUGGACGGGCUAUGACCCCAGCUGGAGUUAGCGCUGUCUCUCCCCGGACGUUGACCUUUUUGAGCAUGUCGGACCCGUACAGAUCAUGGAGGGGGCAGGGUGUGUGUGUGUUUGGGGGGGGGGAC